CUGCGUGAAAACAAACGUUGCAAUUGAAUCAUCCGUGACCGUCAUUAGAAAUUUAGAAAAUAUACCCAAUUAUUUUCAAAUAAUUUGUUUAUUUCGUGUUAUAGUACUAAAAAGAAAAUGUCGCGACCCGGGGACAGACCGAAUCAAGCACAAACAUACAAACUUGUCGUGGUAGGCGGCGGAGGUGUUGGAAAGAGUGCUAUCACAAUUCAAUUUAUACAGAGCUACUUUGUGACUGACUAUGACCCCACCAUUGAGGACAGCUACACCAAGCAGUGUGUCAUUGAUGACAUUCCAGCUAAGUUGGACAUUCUCGACACAGCAGGGCAGGAAGAAUUCAGCGCCAUGAGGGAGCAGUACAUGCGUUCAGGCGAGGGAUUCCUACUUGUGUUCUCAGUGGCCGACCAUGCCAGCUUUGAGGAACUGUUCAAGUUCCACAAGCAGAUCCUGCGUGUCAAGGACCGGGAUGAGUUCCCCAUGCUCAUGGUCGGGAAUAAGGCUGACUUGGAGCACCAGAGACUGGUAACACUGGACGAAGCGCAAGCCCUUUCCCGCCAGUUAAAAGUCCCAUACAUUGAGUGUAGUGCCAAAGCGCGCAUGAACGUAGACCAGGCCUUCCACGAGCUCGUCAGACUGGUGCGGAGGUUCCAAGAGGCAGAGAGAAUCCACAUCAAGUCUGAACACAGGAACAAGAAGAAAAAGUGCACCAUCUUGUAACGUCGUAUGUAGUGAG